GAAAGCAAAAGUGUUCAACUUUUUCUUUACAGCUUUGUUUGGGAUUCAUUAAUGAAAGCAAUACAAAUAUUAGAAAGAUACACAGUUCCUGUGCCUCAAAUAAUGCAACACAGAUGUUGAUAUGAACACGUGUGUGUGUGUGUGUCUGUCCUUGACAACGUGAGGGCGAUCGAUGGACAAACAGGUUUUCCCCUCUAGGUGACUCCUCUUCCCAUCGGGCUUAGCUGACCUGGUUUCAGUGCUCAGUCGGAUCUCACUUUUGAUCUCAGCACAAAUUGCAGAUGCAAUGAAAAUGUUUUUAACUGCUCCGUAACAGAAAAUAUUAACAGCGUUGUUUAUUUCACAGGGCUGUUGAUUCUUAAGUCACCUGGAUUUUCUCCUUGCUCAAAGACUUCUAACCAUUCAUUUCCUUUUUCUGUUUAGUGGUAACUGCAUCUCUGAGGCUCCCUUCUCUGUUCUUCCAGACUCGAUUCUCUCUCUCUCUCUCUCUCCCUCUCUCCCCCGUCCUUCCCUCCGUCCAUCUGGCACUAGAGGAAGUGAGAGACAGUUGGCGCUUGCUUGUCCAUACUGUAAUGGUGGCGGCAGAAAUGGCAGCUUCUGUCUCAUCCGUCCUCCUUCCUGUGCCUCCCUCACCCUCUCCUGAGAGAAGUAACCCAGAUUUAAAAAUGAAUCGCUGCCUCUCUCUCUCUCUAUCUCUCCCUCUCUUCCUCUUCCUCUCCCUCUCUCUCUUCCUUUCUGUUGCUACAUCUCUCAUCUUCCUAGUAAAAACAGGAUCAAUCUUGGAAAGAGAAUACCACCUCUCUGUUUUGUCCUCCUCCUCGCCCUGCCUGUGGGUUAACGGAUAUCUACCACUUCCCUCUUCUGUCUCUGGUUCAUUGAAAACUUGAAUCUCUUGAAACGCUUAUUGCUUUAGCUUUUUUUUUUUCUUUUUUUAAAGGAUUUUAUUUUAUUUUAAAAUUUUGGCUGAUUCUUUUUGACUAAAGCACCAUUUAUCUUGAUCUCUUUGAGAUCUACAGGUGUGAUACCUUACCCUUUCUUUUGAAGUGAGCCCAACAAGGAGAAGAAGGGGAGGAGGAAGAGAAGAAAGCUGUCCUUAAGUCAGGCUAUUCCUCCAAAACCGCCCAAAAUUCAGGCAACAUGUCCAUCCCAGUCUCCCCUCCCCCAUCCCUCUCCCCGCUGACGCUGGCUUCUCCAACGCCGGCGACCUCCCCCGGUGUCUCCCCGCUGCCGUCGCCCCUCUCCCCCCCAGCCCGGGUGCCUGUGUUCCAGAGGAGGGGGGCACUCAAACACAAGAGGAUUGUCGAGGUGAAAGACCACCAGUUCACUGCCCGCUUCUUCAAGCAGCCCACCUUCUGCAGCCACUGCACUGACUUCAUCUGGGGCAUCGGCAAACAGGGAUUCCAAUGCCAAGUUUGCAGCUUUGUGGUUCACAAAAGAUGUCACGAGUUUGUGACCUUCACUUGUCCUGGCUCUGUGGCGGGCCCCAAACCAGAUGACCUGAAGACUCAACACAUGUUUAAGGUGCAGACUUACUCCAGUCCCACCUUCUGCGACCACUGCGGCUCGCUUCUGUACGGACUCAUACACCAGGGCAUGAAAUGUGGCUGUUGUGACAUGAACGUCCAUCGACGAUGUGAGACCAGCGUUCCCAGUCUGUGUGGCCAAGACCACACAGAGAAGAGAGGAAGGAUCCACCUUACCGUCAGAGGAGAGAAGGAGGAUGUCUUUGUCACAGUGCGGGAGGCUCGUAACCUGAUGCCCAUGGACCCAAACGGCCUGUCGGACCCGUACGUCAAACUGAAAUUGAUUCCAGACCCAAAGAGCCACAGCAAACAGAAGACCAAGACCAUCCGCUCAACACUCAAUCCCAUCUGGAACGAGAGUUUCACCUUCUCAGUGCGCGGCCCCCAGUGGGACAGGCGUCUCUCUGUGGAGGUGUGGGACUGGGACCGCACGUCCAGGAACGAUUUCAUGGGAGCGCUGUCGUUCGGAGUGAGUGAGAUCUUCAGGCGCCCCAUCAGCGGCUGGUUCAAGCUGCUGGCCCAAGACGAGGGAGAGUACUACAACAUCCCCGUGCCGGACCCAGACCUGGAGGAGCCUCAGUUGGACGGCACCACGCCGUCUCUGCCUCAGGCGCUCCCCGCAGCGCUGACCGAACCGUUCCCAGCGGCUCUGUCCCCGAGCCCCUCACCGUCCUGUCCACCGGUCCACGCCCCCGGCCCCGCCAAGGUCCAAGUGGGCAUCCUGGACUUCAACUUCCUCAUGGUGCUGGGCAAAGGCAGCUUCGGCAAGGUGCUGCUGGCGGAGGAGCGAGGCAGCGAGCGCCUGUUUGCCGUGAAAGUGUUGAAGAAGGACGUUCUCUUCCAGGACGAGGACACAGAGAGCGCCAUGGUGGAGAGGAGGGUUCUGGCGCUUUCCUCUCGCCCUCACUUCCUCACAUCUCUCUACUGCGCCUUCCAGACUGAGGACCGUCUGUAUUAUGUGAUGGAAUACGUCAAUGGAGGAGACCUGAUGUUUCACAUUCAGAUAGUCGGCAAGUUCAAAGAGCCCCAUGCAGCGUUUUAUGCAGCAGAGAUAGCGGUCGGCCUCUUCUUCCUGCACAGCAAGGGCAUCAUCUACAGGGAUCUGAAGCUGGACAACGUGCUGCUGGACAGCGAGGGCCACAUAAAGAUUGCCGACUUCGGGAUGUGCAGGGAGGGCCUGCUGGAGGGCGACACCACGCGCACCUUCUGCGGCACCCCUGACUACAUCGCCCCUGAGAUCGUGGCAUAUCAGCCCUAUGAUAAAGCAGUGGACUGGUGGUCCUACGGAGUUCUGCUGUACGAAAUGCUGGCGGGACAGCCACCAUUCGAUGGUAUUGACGAGGAGGAGCUGUUUCAGUCCAUCAUGGAGCAGAGUGUGGUUUACCCAAAAAGCCUCACUCGUGAAGCUGUCUCCAUCUGCAAGGGACUCCUGACGAAGCACCCGGCCAAGCGCCUGGGCGGGGGGGAGGAUGCCGAGACCGAGAUCAAGGAGCAUCCAUUCUUCCGCUGGAUUGACUGGGACCGCCUGGAGAGGCUGGAGAUCCAGGCGCCCUUCAAGCCCAGAACUGGUGGAAGGAAAGGAGAAAACUUUGACAACUUCUUCACAGCAGCGGCGCCGGCGCUGACUCCCUCUGACCCGGAUGUGCUAGCAGCCAUCGACCAGGAGGACUUCCAGGGCUUCACCUUCCAAAACCCCGACUUUGCCCCCUCGCCACUCACGGCUGUUUGAAAAUGGCUUCCAAAGCGGCUCCAACAACACCUCUAUCAAAAUACCCCGUUCAUCCCCAUAAUGGUAGUUUUAUAGGGAAAAUAAAUCUUCGAAGAUGAGAACUAGCGGCGAGUAUUCAAGACAUCCCGUAACCAAAUACUGACGUUUACAAGAAAAAGCCAAGACACCUUUAUAUUUAAGCACUCUCUUUGUUGGAUGCAUUGGAUAUAUUACAGUAUAUAUAUAUAUAUAUAUAUUGAUAGUCACAGAAUAUGUUUUAGCCACACAAACAAAGCCUGGAUAAUACCAUUGAAUGUCAUGUUAGAGGUUUUUGGGAGACAACCCUUGACUCGGUAAAGGAUGUAAUGCAUGCAGUGUUUUUAGAAUGAAUUGCUUUGACACACUAGAUUUAUAUAGCUGUAGAUUUUUCAAAUAAUUAUACACGUGUAAACCAAUUCAUCUCAAACGUUCCCCGUGAGUAUUAAAAAUGGUUUAGUGAUGUGAGAAUUUUAAAGUUUUUUUUUUUUUCACACACAGGUCACAUAGCUGGUCAAAUGUUUGUUAGCAGGUUUAUUCUAGUGGAAUCGUGUGUUCUCCACAGUACAGGGAUUGAGCAUCACAACCACCCCAAUGUGUCUUACUGAAAGUGGGUGUUGACACUUUGACCACAAUUCAAACUGAGCGAGUGGUCUCUUUCGGUGGAAGAGCUCAGUCAGUUUGUUCUGGCCCCCGGCUCCAACCCUGAAUUUAACAUCACACCGGUGACCUCAGAUGACCCCUCCCCUGCUACGCUGAAACAACGCAGCCCCUCCCUGCUCUGCCUGACUCUAUUGUCACUGCCACGUUUUUUUUCUAUUAUUUUUCACCGAGCUUUUGCCGCUAACUGCGUUGCAAUACAGAAUCGUCGUGCUUAUCGAUGCCCUCUUAGAUCUACACUGAACUAUGGAAAUACAGUCUUUGAAAAUACACGUUUAAUCAUGUUUUCAAGAUGCUUCAUACAGUUCCAAAGUAAUUCAUCAUUUUUGACGUGUGAGCCGGCAAGCUUUUUGCCGCGUUAUGACGCACUCGCAGCAUUGAUUGGGCAUAAUUAGAAGUGAGCCUCACUUGGACUGUUCAAUACAUGGAAAACUGAUAGCAGGGCUGUCAUUAAGCGCUAUCUGAGCAGGGCUGGCUAUCAAACAUACCGUUUAAUAAUCCCCUUCCAGCGCUCUUAUCUCACAAACCAGCCAGUUGUUUCACACACAAAUCAGUUUUCUUUGACUCAUCUUUAUUUUAAAUUCUAUGUCAGCAUAUCGGUGAUUACAACCAUCUCUCAUCCAGCGGAAUAACAUCUGGCAGUGCGCAUGUGUGUCCCUUUUAAAAUGGACAGCUAUAAAAGUUCAGAGCAGUUGAUCUGAUGGCUCAGCUCAGUUUGGCUUGAGGUCAAGUGUCACAAGAUUUCAAGGCGAUAGAUGAAACAACCGAUAAUAAAACAAAGGAAAAUGUAUGUGUCUGUCAGAGUGAACUUCUGUGUUUUUUUUCUGCUGGAAUAAAGAACAUCAAAAUAAAAACAUUUAAAAAA